AUGUCUAUGCUGUAUUUUACAGAUUCGGCAGUUAGACUUGCAACAGCUGACUUACCUAUCAUAUGGGCCAGGUUAUGUGUGAACAUUCAUACUGAGAAGCAAACAGGAAAUGUAGCACCAAUCAGCAAAAAAAGAGCACUAGAUAAUAUUACAUCCCAUAAUUCGUCAAAUAUUCCUGUGUCACCGAAGAUUAAGGUUGCCGAUGAUGUUCUUAUUGGUACAGCAUAUAAUAGUCUCGUUGUGGGUAAUAUUAUCCCUUUUAUCAAACUUCUCAAGGCCACCUUAUUAACAAGAUCACGGAUGUCAUUGUCUUCAGCCAAUGAGGCGGUGCUUCAAGCUAUUGUCGAGAUCCUUCUCCCAUCAAGUCAUCGAGUGCCGGAGCUUUGUCUUGUAAUGGAUGGCAAAAAACAAAAAGGAUCAGGCCGUUUUGGUUUUCCUGAUAUUUUUGUUUUGGGAGGAACUGAGGGGAACGAUGUUUGUUUAGAACUUAAAUAUAUUUCGUUAAUCGGUCUGGUGAGAGAUGCUAAUGGAAAUCAAGUAAGGAGUUUUGGUGCUAACGAGUUGGAAAAAUUAGAUAAGAUCCUUGAGACGGAAGAUGAAGAGUCUUUACUAAAUAGACGAUACGUUUAUUGGUCAAAGGACCUCGGAAAAAUGGUACAGACAACCAUACGUGGAAUAAUAAAUGAUGGAUUAAAACAAUUAAGGUCAUAUAUGAGUAUGAUAGCGAAGGGUCAUGCGGUUGGAUAUUCUACUUCGGGGGUAAUCGAUGAACGAAUUAAAACAAUCAAAUCAGGUCCCAAUAAGCUAAAAGGAUUCAUAUCGUGGUUAUUGGAUUUCGUCGUAUCUUGUGGAGACCCAUUGAAGAAACAAUGUCUAAUUAUAAAUAUAUUAAAGUUUAAUAAAGAAUUACAUUUUUGUGAACCAGUUUAA